GGCUUCCCUCUGCUCUCCUUAUUGGUGCUCGCUCUCCAUAAGGUGACUGUGGAAGAAGUGAUGACCACUACUGCAUACCUGGAUCUCUUUUUGCGUAGUGUUUCAGAGCCAGCCCUCCUCAAGGUUUUCCUCCGUUUUAUUUUGCUGCACCGACAUGAGAAUGUGCAUAUCCUAGAUACACUUACUAGCCGAAUCAACACACCAUUCCGGCUCUGUGUGGUCUCCUUGGCAUUGUUCAGAACCCUCAUUGGCUUGCAUUGUGAAGAUGUGAUGCUACAGCUAGUUUUAAGGUAUCUGAUUCCAUGUAACCACAUGAUGUUGAGCCAGCGGUGGGCUGUGAAAGAGAGAGACUGUUACUCUGUGUCUGCUGCAAAACUGCUUGCCCUGACGCCAGUCUGCUGCUCCACUGGGAUCACCUUGACACUUGAAAGCCAAGGAAAAGAUUAUAUUCUAUGGACAAAAGCAGCACAAACUAAAGAUUCUGGACAGCCCUCUUCUGAAUCUACUUGCAUUGUGGAAUAUGGAAGAGCUGUGGACAUCAGCUACUUGCAGUACUUGGGGGAAGCUCAAGAAGCUAUCCUGCAGUGUCUGAGAGAUUGUAAGGUUUGGUCUGCCUUGUACGAUGGAGUAAACCCUGAUCCAGACACCUUCAUCCAAACGCUUGCUGAGGAGAACAGUACAGAUGUCGAACACCCCAUGUUUCAGCUCCAGCAAAGGACACCUAGCAUGUGUAGCUCCUCUCAAAUAACUCCAUUCAGUGAGAAGAUGCAGCUGGAGCUAGAAUGGGAUGAUAGCUAUGACACAGGGAUUUCUCCUGGUUCUGAUGUGAGCUCACCGCAACCGUAUGAUGAUCUGGGAAGCACAGAUAUGCAGCCACCUGCAGAGCCACCAAAACACAUUCAAGAAAUGAAAAAAAAUGCUAUCAUGCUCAUCAAAGGAUCUUACAUAGAGGAAUCAGACUUUCAGGAUGAUGUUAUGGUUUACAGGUUAUGUGCCCAGAAGGAUACUCAAGAUGAUGACAGCUUCAGGGAGAAAACUCUAAAUGUAGCCAGAGAAUGUGAGGUCCAAAGCCAGACUGUAGUCAAUGGGCCUCUUGCAAAAAGCCAGCUGGAAAUGGACUUGGAUGAGCACAGUAAGAGAAAUUCAAGCUUGACUCAUGGUGUAAUGAAAGAACAAAUAAACCAGAAAAUGAUUGAGAUUGAUCCACAGCCAGACUUAGAGUUGAGGAUUUCUCCUCAGGAGGCAGAUUGUAACUUAAGUGUAAGACUGCUGAGCACAUAUGGUGAGGAUUUCAUUGCACAGUAUGACAAAAUUAUUAAGGAACUGGAUCCAAGCAGUGCAAGCUUGGAAGAGCAGAAGUUGGAUACUCCUGACCCGGUCUCCCCUGCAGAAGAAGAGGAGGACUUUGAGAAUUUCUCAGUAGACACCCCUUCUGUGGAGAGCAUGUCAUCUCCCUUUGGACCAAAGGAGGAUGUCUCUCCCAAGCGCAUUGCGAGGAGCCAGAGUGCUCCAUUUACAGGCCCGUUCAUCAGCGUAGUGUUGUCGAAGCUGGAGAACAUGCUGGAGAAUUCCUUGCAUGUAAAUUUGCUGCUUAUUGGGAUUAUUACUCAGCUGGCAAGUUACCCACAGCCUCUUCUUCGCUCCUUUCUGCUCAACACCAACAUGGUGUUUCAGCCUAGUGUGCGGUCACUUUAUCAGGUGCUGGCAUCUGUGAAAAAUAAAAUUGAACAUUUUGCUUCCGUUGAAAAAGACUUCCCAGGUCUUCUCCUGGAGGCCCAACAGUACUUGCUUUUUCGUGUGGACAUGUCUGAUGCCGCGGAAGAAUUGCUAACCAAAGGUAAUGUCCAGCACAGCAGCAACGCAGGGAAAGGAAGGAACCUCUCUGAAGUUUACCCAGCUGUACUCCAGCCUUUCCUGGGACAGAAAGGAAAGAAAGGCCUGGCUCAUCCUGGCCUUCCUACGCACGUGAGGAAUGCUGUACUCGCAGCUGCCCUUUUCCCGGAGUUCCUGAAGGAGCUGGCAGCUCUUGCCCAGGAACACUCCAUUUUAUGUUACAAAAUACUGGGGGAUUUUGAGGAUUAUUAUUAG